UCCAGAGGCCGGUAUAGGCGAUAGUGGCUAAGUGGCCGGGCGCGUAAACUAGGGGGCGCGGUGGUGGCCGGUGUUCCGCGUGUGAAAGGAACCCGCACGAGAUUGCGCCCGGAUAGUGCGUCUCGGUACUUGGACUCGAUAACAUUGCAACUGGGUACUUAUAGCACCCACGCAACUUUACUCGUACUCGUUGGGCAAACAGCUUUUAUUUUACGGCUUGUGCGCUUCGGUCUUUUUGUACUUGGUGCAUAUUGUUUAAAUAAGAAAAAAAGCAAGUUCAAAUCGAGAAACUGCAAGGAAGACAGGAGCGGUGCACCGGAAUGGCGACUGUCUUGAUGAGGAUGGGCCUGCGAUCGGCCUUCGUCGGCAAGGGCUUGUUCGAGAGGACGCUGGCUCCCGCGGCUUGCACCAGCUUCCACGGCUGCGGCGCCGGCCAUCCGGAAUCAGGCGCGUCUCGCGUCUAUCGCCCCAAGAUCCAGUGCACAGCCAUGCGCGAGAUGAGCAGCAAACGCAAUGUCCAUCAGACGCGGACGGCAACGUCUCUGGACGAGGAUCGCAAAAAGGACGAUGACAGCGAUAGCGAUAGCGACAGCGACGACGAAAAAAUUUCCAGAACCCAAUCGACGUUUUGGCGACGAAAAAUGAGGACCUUACACAGUCACUUGGACGUCAACAAGGACGGAGUCCUCAGCUACGAUGACUUUAUGCUGCUCGGCGAUAGGUUCGCCAAACUUGGACAUCUCACGGACAGACAGAAGGAGGAGUUCCAGUCGGUUUUGCGCCAAACAUGGGAAGAACAGUGGGGUGAGAUCAAUCAAUAUAAUCUAGUUGAUGUUGAGAAAUAUCUCGAAGCUAUGCAUCACGUUCUCGAAGACAAAUCUCUUAGGCGAAAAGUGCAUAAUUUCUUGCCGUACUUAUUCAAGGCUGUGGAUAAAGACAAAAGUGGAGAAAUUUCAGUCCAAGAAUUCAAACUCUUCUUCCAGUGUUUGGGUUUACAUAAUGAUGAUGCCGUUGUUAGCUUCACUUACAUUGACACCAAUGAAGAUGGGAAAAUCAGUCUGAAAGAGUUUGUAAAAUUAGGACGUGACUUUUUCCUCACUCAAAAUCUCUCGAAGCCCAGUAAGCACUUUUGGGGACCAUUAGUGGAUUAAUAAACAUCAGCGUCGAAAAAUGUUAGUCAUCAUGUUGCAGUGAUACAUACACACCUAUAUGUAUAAAUAUACAUUUUUACAGUUAUUACGCGACAAUUACUCGAAACGAUCGUCGUACGGUAUUGCUGUAGAAACAAUUGAAAACUUAUCUUGAUAUAUUUUUUAUACUUAGACGUAUAUUUAUAUUACGUAAUUAAAAAAAAAGUUUUAUAUUACGACUUUACAUAUAUAUCUUUUUAUGCACCAUCAAUACUGUGCUGAGUAUUAUAUAUCAUGCACUGUAUUGCAUACAUCAUUUUUGUAAAAGAGGUAAUUUUUUUGUUUUGUAAUAAAAUAAACGACUUCAAAAUGUGGUUUUAUGAUUCUUUUCAUUGGAGCCAAGAAAAACCUUUUGUAUCAAAAACUUUGACUCUGAAAAAAAAAAAACCAAUAA